CUGCGGGGACGGGUGCGCGCGGCCGGGUUGGGGGCCAUGAAGCCGAGUCCGACCGGGACGGCUAAGGAGCAGGAGCCGCCGGCGCCGGCCCGAGGAGAGCAGCGCACGGCGGAGCCUGAGGGGCGCUGGCGGGAGAAGGGCGAGGCGGACACGGAGCGGCAGCGCACCCGCGAGCGGCAGGAGGCCACGCUGGCCGGGCUGGCGGAGCUGGAGUACCUGCGCCAGCGCCAGGAGCUGCUGGUCCGGGGCGCCCUGCGCGGCACGGGCGGCGCGGGGGCCGCUGCAGCCCGCGCCGGGGAGCUGCCUGGGGAGGCGGCGCAGCGCAACCGCCUGGAGGAGAAGUUCUUGGAGGAGAACAUCUUGCUGCUGCGGAAGCAAUUGAAUUGUUUGAGGAGAAGAGACGCUGGUUUGUUGAACCAGUUGCAGGAACUCGACAAGCAGAUAAGUGACUUGAGACUGGAUGUGGAAAAGACAUCUGAAGAGCACCUGGAGACAGACAGCCGCCCCAGCUCAGGGUUUUAUGAACUGAGUGAUGGGGCUUCGGGAUCCCUGUCCAAUUCCUCGAACUCGGUCUUCAGUGAGUGUUUAUCCAGUUGUCAUUCCAGUACGUGCUUCUGCAGCCCCUUGGAGGCAACCUUGACUAUUUCAGAUGGUUGCCCCAAAUCUGCAGAUGUGAAUCCCAAGUACCAGUGUGAUCUGGUGUCUAAAAAUGGGAAUGAUGUGUAUCGCUACCCCAGUCCACUUCAUGCCGUGGCCGUGCAGAGCCCAAUGUUCCUCCUUUGCCUGACAGGCAACCCCCUGAGGGAAGAGGAGCGGCUUGGUAACCAUGCCAACGAUGUUUGUGCGGGAUCUGAGCAGGACACCGUCAAGACGGACACUAACUUACCAUCUCCAAGCAGUUUGUGGUCUGCUCCCCAUCCUUCAUCCAGCAAGAAGAUGGAUGGUUACAUUCUGAGCCUGGUCCAGAAAAAAACCCACCCAGUAAGGACCAACAAACCGAGGACCAGUGUGAACGCUGACCCCACGAAGGGGCUUCUGAGGAAUGGGAGCAUUUGUGUCAGAGUGACUGGGGGCGUCUCACAGGGCAACAGUGGGAACCUUAAGAAUUCGAAACAGGUGCCUUUGCCCUCCGGAGGCAUCCCUUCUUUGGACAAUGGGGCCUUCUCCCCACCAAAACAGUGGUCAAAAGAAUCAAAGCCAGAACCUCUGGAAAGCAAGAGGUUGCCCGCGCCUGAAGGCUGUUCUCCAGGCACUGCUACAGAACUUCAAGGUAAGCCUCUGCCCAAAACCGCCAAGCCCGUCUCCCAGGAACAUGCAAGGUGUCCCCCCGCUGGGACAGGGGAGUCCUCUAAGGAAAGCGGGCAGAUCCCAGCUGCCUCUCCGAAAGAGAGCCCUGGGAGGGUCCUGGCACCGCUGCAAGAGAACAAAGUGGUCCAGCCACUGAAAAAGGUGCCACAGAAAAACAGCCCGCAGGCAGGCACUCUGGCGCCCCGUCCCGCCGCCUCAGCCCUGCUGCCCCCCACUUUCCCGGCGGAAGAGCGGCCGGCCCUGGAUUUCAGAAGCGAGGGCUCCUCUUCUCAGAGCCUGGAGGAAGGGCCCCCGGGGAAGGCGCCGCCCGUCCUGGCGCCGCCUCCGGGGGUCAGGCCGCCCCGGGGUGCGCGCCCCGCGGCCGCCCCGAGGGGCUCGGCCGUGAAGCACCGGGCGCCGGCCGUCCACGGGCCGGAAAGUGCUCUGCCCGCCGUGAGGGAGAAGGCCCGGGCGGCCGGCAAGAAGUGUCGGUUCCCCGACGACACGGAUACAAAUAAGAAACUGCGGCGAGCCCCGGCGAAGGCGCGGCGGGGCGGGGGCGGCCAGGCCGACGCGGGGCUCCCCAGCCGGCCGCUGGGGACGGGCCACCGCGCGGGGAGCCGGGCGCACGGCCACGGCCACGGCCGGGAGGCGGUGGUGGCCAAGCCCAAGCACAAGCGCACCGACUCGCGGCGGUGGAGGUCGGCCGCCGAGGUGUCGUACGAGGAGGCGCUGCGGCGCGCGCGGCGGGGCCGGCGGGAGGCCGCGGGGCUGUUUGCGGCCGGGCCUUACGCCAGCCCCUACGCGUACGCGGCCAGCGACUCCGAGUACUCGGCCGAGUGCGAGUCCCUGUUCCACUCCACCGUGCUGGACACCAGCGAGGACGAGCGCAGCAACUACACCACCAACUGCUUCGGCGACAGCGAGUCCAGCGUGAGCGAGGGCGACUUCGUGGGCGACAGCACGAGCACCAGCGACUCGGAGGAGAGCGGGGGCUUGAUUUGGUCCCAGUUCGUGCAGACGCUGCCGCUGCAGCCGGUCCCGGCCCCCGACCUUCGCCACAACCCCACCAAAACCUUCGUCAAGAUUAAGGCCUCACACAACCUCAAGAAGAAGAUCCUCCGCUUUCGGUCGGGCUCUUUGAAACUGAUGACGACCGUCUGAGGCGCGUCCUCCGUGUAGAGAGUGGGGCUCUCUAGUCCCGCCCCCC